AUGACUGCGUCCGUGUCCGAGGAGAAGCGCAAGCUGGACGACUUCGAGAAGCGGGUCGACAAGGACGACAAGGAGGCGAUGGCGCUGCUGACAGAGAUGCGCGAGCACAUCCAGAAGCUCGAGAAACAGCAGCGCUUCGAGGACCCGCGGCUGUCGUUCGCGACGCCGGAGUUCCGGGAGGCCCAGAGGCACUUCACUGAUGCCUUCAAGAAGAACUUCAACCGCCCGGUGGAGUACGCCAUGGUCAAGGACUUCCCCUGGUCCACGCCCGCGCUGCGCAAGCUGGACCGCCCCGUCGACGUCAAGGGCAACCCCUGGCCCCUCGACAGCGAGGGCAAGCCCAUCCUGUCGUGA